AUGGAAAGUUUAUGUGGUAUGUUCGCAGCAAUGAGUAUUUCUUUGGAGGUGCCGCACAAUUUGGUUGUGGAUGAAGUAUCUUAUGAAGUGAACAAUGUUUGUCAUUUUAUGAAUGCAGUGGUUGUUUGUGAGACUCAGAGAUUAUUGAAGGAGAAAUGUCCCGCCUGCGAAGUUGAUCAUCCAAGUCAGAGACACGACUGUAUUAUGUUGUCAGAUGAGGAGGGAUGGUUAUUGCAUGGUUUGGAGGCCGUGGAGCCUGUGAUUGAGUGUGAAAGUUUGAGGAAACAGUUUCUUGAAGCUAUUUGA